GUAGUCUGCCUGACUCAGCAUGAACAAGGAAGCCGCCAUGCAGGUGCUAACCCAGCGCUACCCUAAGAACUGCCUGCUGACCGUCAUGGACCGGUACUCAGCCGUGGUGCGCAACAUGGAGCAAGUGGUGAUGAUCCCUAGCCUACUGCAGGACGUGCAGCUGAGUGCACACGGGCUCCAGGCCCAGCCUGGGACCCCUGAUCUCUACAACUGCUUCACCAUGCUCAAGGCCAUCCGUGUGGAUGUGGACCAUGGGCUGCUGCCCCGGGAGGAGUGGCAGGCCAAGGUGGCAGGUGGCAAAGCCAGUAAGGCUGAGGAUGAAGCUGCAGAGACAGAGGAGGCCGAGGAGGAGAGGGUCGCGGGACAGCUGGACCUAGAAGCCCAGUUCCACCUGCACUUCUCCAGUCUUCAUCACGUCCUCACCCAUCUUACCCUGAAAGCCGAGGAGGUGACAAGGAAAUACCAGGAGAUGAUGGGAGAGGCCAUGUAGUCCUUGGACUCUAUGGAAGAUCACUCUAUGUGAUAGCAGGCAGACUCUGUGAGGAGGACAUGGAGCUGUUCACUAGCCCUGAUGCGACCAGAAAGGCCUGGACCUGCAGCUGGAAGCGAAGGCGACUUGGUCCUCUGGGAAGCUUCCUUCCCUCCCUCUGAGCACCAAUUCAUGGCCUCUCCACCGGGUCACUUUAGGGAUGCUUGUUGCUAUCCACAACUCCCCUCCUUCCUCUGACAAGCUUGGGUGGUGGCCAGUGGUUCACGAGGGAACAGAUGUUACCUGACCAGUGUGUGGUCUGGUAGAAAUGGCAUGGGUUUUAGCAUCUGCCCAACCAAAGUUCCCAUCCCUCCUCUUGGCAGUCAUUCAGUAUGUGAUCCUGGGCAAGUUACUUAAUCCACUGGAAUCUAAAUUUCCUCAUCUAUGACGUGGGGAUAGUAUUACCUACCCCACAGAGAGGUUAUGAAAAUUAAACAAGAUGAUGAAUCAAAAGCACCUGGCACCUGAGCGCUCUUAUUCUAGCCUGUUUUCUUCUCAGCUCACCUUGCCUUUGCUCCAGCUGUUGAUUUUACUCUCCAGAACCAAGGGAGAGCAGAAUGCCUUGGGAUGAGUGGUUCACUCUUGUACCUGCCAAGCACAGGUGAACUAUAAACCUGUUUAUUGCAGUAGCAAUAAAAAAAUAAUACAUUUGUA